AUGUCGACCCUCAUAGGGCAAGCGCCCACCAACCUUGGGCCGUUGACGACGACAUUCACACCGCCGGCGGCGUGUACUGUCGCGGUUGGCGCGGGUCGUGGUGGUCUGGCUGGGUUGCUGGGCGGCGGGGGCGAUAACCACGUCGCGUACCUAGCACAGGCGUGCUCGCGAGGGAAGGCUUUCGAUGCCACUUCCUGUUGGCCGGCAACGUCCAAGGGUGCCGAGGAGAAGGAACCGCCACUUCACGGAUGGGGCUUCUACUCGCCGGGCCUCCACUGCCCCAUCGGAUACGCGACGGCAUGCUCGGCUACAGGAGGGAGCGGCGGAAGCUCAGGUUGGCCGGUCCAGUUCAAGCUGCGAGACGGGGAGACGGCCGUCGGCUGCUGUCCAAGCGGCUAUGGCUGUGCGAACGUGAACGGUCAGACGUGCACAAUGGUGGCAAUGUCGGACACUAUCCCAACCGUCACAUGCGACGGAACCAAGAGCGGCGACUUCGCCUUUCAAACAAUCCCCGAUAUCGAAGCAACCAUCACGGCACUCAGUUUAUUCGCCCCGAUGAUCCAGAUCAACUGGCAGAGCAGUGACCGCGCCGAACCGAGCAGUACCUCCACCCCAAAGAUCACCGCCUCAUCACCAUCAAAGCCCGCUGCCGCCACCAAAACGACAUCAGCAAGCCACCAAAUUACCGCGUCCGGGACGCAAACCAUAGACCUUAGCGCAACAUCCGGCCCGGAAAGCGAAACGCUCGUCCUCGAUAACAGCGCCCAUACCACAGGAGGAGACGCGAACGUGGACCUCAAUCUCGGUACCGACUCCCCAAUUGCAACCAGCACCCCCUCCCUCCAAGAAGGAAAGGUGGGAUCCGACGACGGCGACGACUCAUCCUUCAGUUCAGGCGCAAAAGUAGCCAUCGGCGUGACCGGCGCAGUGGCUCUCGUGAUGGUGCUGGUUUGCGCGCUUUUUUAUUUCUGGCGGCGACGGCAGCAGCGACGGGAAGAGGCCGAGCUGGACGCGAUGUUCGAUGGUGGGUGUGGUGGUGGUGGUGGUGUUGGACCAAAGCACACCAUGACGGACGGAGGCGACUUUACGAGCAAUGAUGACAUCCCCGGGUGGUAUCGUGGGCAGAGGUUGGCUGCGGCUCCAACUCGGGAUCCAUUCUUUAUUAGGGAUGCAGGAGGUGGUGUUCGGGAUGAGACGAUGUCGGCCGAGCCCACGCGCCCGCUGCUGUUGCCUCAGAACCGCAAGCUGCGACACCUUCGCGGUAUCGCUCUAAGGAACUUGCGCUUCUCACGACCCCGCGGCCAAACCAUUGACGAUGCCGCCCUCAAUAAGAGCCCCGCAAAGCUCGAGUCGAUGCGCAAUGCGCCGCAGCUCCACCAUGCCCUCUCCUCCGAAGACCUUCGACCGCCGGCUGCGCGCAGGAGGAGCACCAACCUUGCCAAUGCCAGCCCGGCCGCAAGACAGAAGAAAUUCGAGGACUCGUUCGACGGCAAGCUCGCCGAUGCCUUCUUCUCGCUGCAUGUCGAGGGCGAUGAGGACCCCAUUUAUAUCAGUGAGGUGGCAGAGCGCGCGACGAACUUCAACUUCCGGCUCUUCGAGCUGGUCGACCUCGACUCGUCCAUCACACAAUCCCCGCAGGUGACAAUCAGGGUAUGGGCCAGGCGCCAUGACGCGUGGACCCUCCUGCUUGAGGACGAAGUCGACCUGCGAGCCCUCAAUUGGCUGGGCAGCCUUCAGAGCGUCCACUUCCCGCCGAACAGUCUGGUCUUCUACAUGGUUGACGGUAUCUACUCGCUCGAGCUCUCUAGCAAGCCUGCGCCGCCAAAGCAUACUCCUCCGGCCCCAAUCUCGUCAUACAAUGCGUUGAUGAGAUUGGCUACACUCGAUAAUUCGAUCCAGGACGGUCUUGCGACCCGCGAGCGCCUUACGCAGCAGAUUAACGACCUUCUUAGUCGAGAAGCGAAGAAUGGUGUCCCGGCAGCCGAAGAUCAACUCGCCUUGACAACAAAAUACCUUGCGCAACAACGGCGAGCCGUGGCCGCAGCCAAAAAGCGCAACGAGGAACUGAAGACCUCCAUCACCGCGCGCAGGGAAGCCAUAGCCCAGGGCCGCGACGCUCAAGAGAAGGCGGCCCAAGACGUCUCGAACGCGACAGAGAAGCUUACCCAGUCGCAAGCCCUUCUCGCCCAAACGAAGUCUGGAAUUCGCGGUCAACGCCGCCGCAUCUGCGAAGACCUCUCCCGCAUCUACAACAUUGCCCCUGUUCCCGACGCGCCCCCCCUGUCCUUCCAGAUUUGCGGCCUACAUCUCCCCAACACAAAUUACGACUCCACGUCCAAGUCACCCACCAUUACUGAAGACAGCAUGUCGGCCGCCCUCGGCCUGGUUGCGCAGCUCACCGACUCCCUGCAGUACUACCUCGCCGUGCCGCUCCCCUAUCCCAUCCGCCCGUUUGGCUCCCGGUCCAGCAUACGCGACGAUAUCUCCCAGCUUCCCGAUCUGCAGCGCGAGUUCCCGUUGUAUUUGCCUCGCGGAGGAUCCAGCGCCCAGUUUCGGUUCGACUACGGUUGGUUCUUGCUAAACAAGGAUAUCGAGGCGCUGUGCAGCUCGCAGGGAUUGAAGGUGGUGGACAUACGACAUACACUACCCAAUCUCAAGUACCUGCUGUAUGUCUGCAGCGCGGGGAGCGAAGAGGUGCCGGAGCGGAAGAGGGGCGGGGUUAGGGGGUUGUGGGCUGGUAGAUUGAAGGGUGGCAGCAGUGUUACCGCUGAUGAUGCCAGUAGCGGGGGUGCAGGAAGUCGACGGGGGAGUGAAGAGAGUGAUAGGAUGGGGAGACCCAGGGACGAGUUCAGGAAGGCGGUUGCUUCUGCCGGAAGGGAAAGGAACCAUGUCGACGACAUGAUCGAUGGGGGUGUGAUGCUGCCCUUCGCAGAAGGGGAGACCAAGUUGACGUUGAGGACCAAGGGGCUGAGGGAGAGCGCGGCGGCUGAAUGA